CGGCGCGACGAAAAUGAAUCAGUCUGCUGGCUGUGACGAGGCGGGAUUGCCGGGAAGACAGCGACAACUCCCGUCGAUACUUCCUCCAUCACUGUAAAAAUAAGGCGCACUUCACUGCAGUCAGGGGAGCUUUAAAAGUCUGCAGUCGCGACGCGGCUCCAAUUCCAAAUGAAUGCAUCUCGCUCUCGCUCGACUCACUACCAGUUCUCAUCUCGUCGGCGGUUUGAGCUCUAGCCUCUCUGCAGGGAACGCGCUGUCCCUAACGCGAACGCGAACCUGGCGCUUCUGACUGCGUCAUCAGCUGUCUGCUGCUGCUGUCGUCCUGCGUGUUGCUGUAUCGCUUGUUGUUGUGCAGUCAUUCAGUCAAUAUGGACAAAAGCGCGAAAUCGGCCGAGAAACUCCACCGAGUUUCCUUUAGUUUUGCAGACGUGAAAAAGUAUUUUGAAAGCACCCAAGUCCUUCCCAUUGUCAUUGGAGUUGUUGUCAUCCUAAUAACUCUCUUUCUUGUGAAGCUAAUAUUCCGAGGCCGCAAAGCCCGUCGUGAUGUGCAAGUCCUGGGUCUGUGCGACGCAGGAAAAACUUUAGUUUGGUCCCAAUUAUUGCAUGGUCGCAAAGUUGAAACUCUUACUUCAAUAAAAGAGAAUGUUGAUUUUUAUCAGACCAAUAGGGGUCUUCUGCGCUUAGUUGAUGUUCCUGGUCAUGAGAGACUGCGUAUGAAAUUCUUUGAUCAAUACAAAGAAACCACUCGGGCAUUGAUCUUUGUGAUUGAUGCCAUGACAUUUCAGAAAGACUUACGUGAUGUCGCUGAGUUCAUGUACAACGUCUUGCUUGACAGCACCAUUUCAUACAAUAGCCCAUCUGUGCUGAUUCUUGCCCACAAGCAGGAUCUGCCCAUGGCUAAAGGAAUAUCUCUAAUCCAGUCAAAUCUGGAGAAAGAAUUGAAUUUACUGCGCGAGACCAAAGACAAGCUUACUAGUUUGUCUGACAAAUCCGAGAAGCAAGCAUACUUAGGGAAACAGGGCAAAGACUUUACAUUCUCUCAGCUUAAGUUUCAAAUUGAUUUCGCUGAGUCAAGUGCCCUUUCAGAAGAAGGCCUUGAAUCUGUGAAAAAGUGGCUAGCAUCCUCAGCAUAAACAUUUUGUUUGUUUAUUUAUUUAUACAUGUUCUGUUAUAGUUUGUUCAUGACUUUUUUCAAAAGACUGUUAACUUUGCUAAUUUCUACUCCAUUUUGUGAGCAAAAUACUUUUCAUGUAUCAGCUGUAUGAACCCUGUUCAUUUCUGUCUAUAUUAUUUCGUACAAUUAGGGAUCUAAUAGAUCUUGCAAUUUUCAUUAUGUGUCUCUUAUGUGUAAAAUUGUAGCGUUCAAUUUGAACUGCUGUUGUUGGUUGUAUUGAAGUGAGUGCUCUCAGCAACUCAGUUAUUUUAUUAUUUUGUUGGGCUUGAUACAGAGGAAAAGAUGCCAUGUACUGACUUUUUUACAUUUUGAACUCUUCUGUAUUGCGACCAAUAAUUUAUUUCCCUAAGCUAAUUGACUCUUGUUGAUUUGUUCGUAUUGUUUUUGUAUCUCCAUAUUUCUGUUUGGUUCGUCAUAUAAAAAUGUUUUUUUCACAGAAAUAUCUCUAAAACUGUAUGUUAUUUUGACCUGGUUCCAUGUCUCAUGGACCAUGAUUUGUUAAGUGGUUCAAGUCAUAUCAAUUCAGUCUUGUUGGCUUGGUUUUGUGGGAAUGUGGAGGUCUCAUGGAAGUAAUAACAAGUACAAUGACAAAUCUCAAAAGUUCACAUGCUUACCAUACCUCCAUAAAUAAAGUAAAUUGAUUGUU